AUGUUGACUAGAGUUUUAAAGCGCACAUUCACAACACAAGAAACAAGAACAGUGGAUGCACAGUGUUUACCGUUAAAACCCACAUGGUCGAUUGGGUCGCUCAUGGAGCCUGUUGACAAUGGCAUUUCCCAAGAUCAAUUUGAACGCUUAUUAAGUUUAUCCCGUCUCAAGUGUAAAGAUCGUGAACAAGCCAACGGAUUUAAAAAGGAUAUCGAUCAACUUUCUCAAUUUACCAAACAUCUUCAGUUACAUGACUUUAAAGAAGAACCUUUAACGCAUAUUUGGCAACAAGAAAAAGGACAACUUGUGCGAGAAGAUAAAGAAACACACGUGGAUGGAAGAGAAUUAUUGAAAUAUGCGAAAAAAAAGAGUGGUAACUUUUAUGUGGUGAAAGGAACAAUGCCUUCUUCUUGA